AUGGCAGCAACGAUCAGUCCUUCACGCACACAUUGUAGCCAGCCAAAAGACCACCACAAGCUGUCCCACCAACUUGCGGGUUCCAUUUCAGGAAGUCUGCAUCACUGAUCCCAUACUUCUUCUCGAUCGACUGGCACGUGUCUCCCUUUGCGACAGCAUACCAGGUCUUGGACCCGCACACCGAUCCCGGCUGCGUCGGUGUCGGGUGGGCAACGGUGCAAGGCGUGGCCGUUCCCGGAACACCAACGCACACGUAGUAGCCGGCCUGAAGACCGCUGCAGUGGUGCUCAACUCAUUGAAAUUCCCCUCGUGCCAAGCCAGUUUUGCGCGCGUUGUGGCAGCACGGACGGCAAUAUGUCUGAACUUGAGGACUAUAUUGCCAUAGUGAGGGCGCGUGAGACCCAGACCUGGGGCUUUGCCAUCUACAAAAUCGCCUACGGCGCGACAACCGACGUACCCUGGCAGUCACUUCUCGAGGCUAUCCGUGCCAACGUUCGGACAGAAGUGCUCGGCCUCCGGGUCCCGCGCGGGGGAAACCCGCCCAACUUCUCUGACGAGGAGACGCAGAGAUGCGAAGAAUUCUUGUCACUGCUUAAACUUGAUAUCAAGGAGGACCAGAGCAUUCUGGAAGGCAUGUCUAUGGACUGUGUACGGGAGAUGAUCAAAGAAACCGACCCGCGGCCGACGGACGACAAGCCCCUCGGCGGGACCUUGACAACACUACAAGGCGUCUUCCUGUACGUCGAUGACGAGGUGUUGGAAGCGGCCCAGACUCCAACUAGCUCUCGUCCUCUGUGGGUAAAGAUGGUGGAGCUUGACUACAAACUAGAGCAGCAUAGGGGAAACAGACGAGUCGGCCUUCAAAGCUACUUCGGGUGGAUGAAACUGUCAACUGGGGGCUUUUUUCAAUUGUGGCGGGACCUGGAAGGCCAGGAUUUGUGGAAACUUGCACCACAGAACUCAGAUGAGAGACUACUGACGAUAUGGGAUGGGGUUUUGAAACAACCAAAUGUAAAAUACAGGCGCCUGUAGGGGAUGCCCUUGGCAAGGCAGAUGUCUCCGCAGUCCCGCCCGGACUCCACCAUGUGCCACUUGCCGCAGUUGAGCGUCGUCCCCUUGGCGACAGUCACGCCCUCGGGCGGGGACACGACGCUGCGGUAGUAUCCGGUGCCAACGCCCCCAGUUCCCGAGCCCGGACCGCUCGGGAUGCUGCCAUUGCCGGGAGUCUGUGACGGCUGUAUCGUGGUGGUCGGCGUCGCUGUUGAUCUACCACCCUGGGGUCCAAUGCAGAUGCUCUUGCCGUACCAAUCCGUCAAGAAAAUAACAAUAGUAAUAGCGGUGCAGCUGUUGCCAACUUGCCAACUUGCCACCUUGCCACCUGCCUGCAGAGCAAAUGGC